AUGGCCAACACAAACAAUCGGGGGAGCGGGCCACCUCAGAACCCCACGCUACCAGCAGUAGUCGGGGUAUCCCAGCCGAACUUCGUGAUCCCGGGAAGUAUGCCAGCAGGUCAGGCAACCUGGCAGUUCCCGCAGGUGACAACCGCCUCUGGGUUCAGCACUAUCCCAGGGGCUCCCGUCGCAUCUGCCUUCGUGCCUUUCCCAAUCCCGGCGCAAAACCCAUCCUUCCUGGGCCAGCCUGUGUCGCAGCCCGCACAGCAGGGCUACUUUCACAUCCCUGGACACAGGCCCGACCCCCCUCCUGGAUGGAUUCCUUACGUGAAUCCACCACCAGCACCUUACAAGCCUGUGCACAUACACCCAUUCCAAACACACUUGCACACAGUUCCUGGAUACAUUCCUUACGUGUAUCCGCCAGGCCCAGGCCAAAUAUGGCCUCCACCAGGAGGAGUUCCCCCAGGGUGGCCUGCACCAGGAGCAGGGUGGCCUCCAGGAACCUAUCCUGGAGGAACCGGACCAGGGGCCGGGCCAGGAGCCGGACCAGGAGCCGGACCACCUCGAUAG